GAACGGUGCCAACCAAUGAGCGACGCCCACUGGGAGAACUACUCAGCGUGCCUUCCAGGGAACCCCAUAAAAGCACUGUGGGGCUCCAGGCUCCACAUUUCUGGUCCUGCAAAGAAUCAGAAAGAAGUCAAAAUGGUGCUCUCUGGUGCUGACAAGACUAACGUGAAGGCCGUCUGGAGUAAGGUGGGAGGCAACGCCGGUGCCUACGCAGGUGAAGCCCUUACCAGAACCUUCCUCUCCUUCCCCACUACCAAGACUUACUUCCCCCACUUCGACUUGUCCCCCGGCUCCCAGGACGUCAAGGGUCAUGGUCAGAAGGUAGCUGAUGCCCUUUCCCAGGCUGUUGCCAACCUGGACGAUCUGCCCGGGACCCUGUCCAAACUGAGCGACCUGCACGCCCACAAGCUGAGAGUGGAUCCAGUUAACUUCAAGCUCCUCUCUCACUGCCUGAUCGUGACUCUGGCCUGUCACCUGAGCAAGGAUUUGACUCCCGAAGCGCACGCCUCCAUGGACAAGUUCUUUGCCUCUGUGGCUACCGUGCUGACCUCGAAGUACCGUUAAGUUGUGUCGGAAGCCAGGGAUUUCCACCGCUUGCCGCCAUCAUCCGGGCUGCGAGUCCCUCGUUGUCCCCAAUCCCUUCCACUCCGCAUGGGCAGAUGGACGUCUCCGAAUAAAGUCUAAGUCUGCCAUAAA